AUGACGACCCUGUCCUCAGACGUACAGAGCGAAGCCCAAGUCCGCCCGUAUCCCGUCAGCGGAGUCUUGACGCUAGGGAUCGACGACGCCCCUCUAUGCCAGCAGUCACCGGAUGCUUCCAUCGAACGGCAAUCGGAGCUGCGAGUUAGGGUGAAGCAUCAUAGUCAGCCAUGGACACUCUCCUGCGGAAUGGUAGUUGAGGUUGCAGACGCAAACCCCGGACGCCUGCGGGUCGGUCAGGAGUACUUUCUCAAGAUGUUUGACCGGAGAUUUGCGCACCAACACCGUCAAGACAACGGGCGUGGGCCGUGGUCACAGCGCGUGGAGGAUCAGCUGGUGGAGAGCGUGCUGACCGGUAAGGCGGAGCAUUUCCUGCACCGCCUCCACACCGAGGACGACUUCUGGCAAGACGAGGAAGAAGAAUGGGAGGAGGCGGAGAACGAGGCCUUCCUAGACGACGGGCUACGCAAGCUAUUCACUGCCGAAACCGAGGCUUAUGCCCGCUUACGCGAAUAUCAGGGGACCAAAAUCCCGCGCCUUGUUGCAAAGGUCGUCCUCGAUACAUCGCCGUCGCCUCCUCUCAACCGUGCCGCAAACAGCGGACCCCUGUUCAAGAUCAACGGCAUCUUACUGGAAUAUCUCCCGGGAUUUACCAUGUCGUCCAUGACGGAAAAGGCGCCCCAGGGCUCGUGGCAGGGCAUUGUCGACGAAGCCGUCGGGGUGACCCGUCUCCUGGGUGACAAGGGCAUUCUGAACGCCGAUGUCAGGCCUGACAACUUCAUGGUCGUUCCUGAGGAGGGGGGGUACCGAGUCUGCAUGGUUGACUUUGGCCAAUGCAGAUUCCGCAGGCCGGACGAGUCUGACCAGGAUUGGGGACGGGACAAGUGGUGCCAGGACGAAGAGGGUGCCGUCGGGAUCGUGAUGAGGAUGAGGCUGCGUAGAGUAGGAUUCACACUCUCCUACGAACCGUCGUGCCGCUAUCUUCCGUGGGCACCUGGAGAGGAUGAAUAG